AUGCAAGUGGUAAGUACGAUAUUGUAACAAUAAGGAACCAUUCAAUAUUGCCUUGCUUUACGCACAGUUUAAAUAUGAUUUCUAAUGUCCAAUUCGUUCUUCUCUUGGCAGGUAUCGUCCUCUGGUGUGUUCGAGCUGAAAGUCCAUUCGUUCAAUACUGCCCACCGCAUAUGCAGAAGGCAUAGGGACUGCCACAUAUUUUUCCGAAUUUGUCUAAAACACUCCGAGGACGUUAUCCAUGCGGAGCCACCAUGCACGUUUGGAACGGGACACACCAACGUCAUCCGCGCAGAUCAGACCUCGAUUUCCAGCAGCGCUCCGAUUAGAAUACCGUUCCAUUUCAAGUGGCCGGUAAAUAACCUUUUAUAUAUAAAUAUUAAAUGUUAGACAUGGAAAUAUAAAUGUUAUGUUACUGUAUAUCAUUCUUGCGUAAACUUUAAUCCAGGAUUUACCUCUAUUUCAGGGAACAUUUUCGCUGAUCAUUGAAGCAUGGAACGCAGAAACCCCUACAGAAUACACAGGUAAGGUGUUGUUGCAGUAGGCAUAUUAUAGCCUUUCUUAACAGCUUACCUAAGUUCAAACAUUCACUAUGUCAAUAGGCUACUAUAAUAAUACACAUUUUCUUGUAUAUUUCAGACAACCAAAACAACCUUGUCAGCCGCUUGGCCACCAGAAGAAGACUGGCCAUCGGCGAGGACUGGUCUCAAGACGUCCACUUCGGAGAGCAGAGCGAGCUGCGCUACUCCUACCACGUAUUCUGUGACGAGUACUACUUUGGCGAUAGCUGCGCGGAGUACUGCAGACCCCGCGACGACACUUUGGGCCACUACACCUGUGACGAGGAGGGGAACAAACACUGUCUGGAGGGCUGGAAGGGCAACUACUGUUCUGAUCGUAAGUGCAAUCGAGUUAACGUCAAUGACUUUAGGCUACGUUACUGUCCAGACUCAGAUGCUGUCAAGUUGGACGGAUUGCACUUUAUAGGCCUAUUGUAAAUAGACUGCACAGUGCAGGCAAUGAUUCAUUGAUGAAUGAGGCUAAUGUUCUUAUUGGCAUUCUCCUUGGUGAAAACACAAUUCAUACUUUUUACAGGUAAAGGUAUCACAGGGACAGCAUAUAGGCAGCAUAUAGAGCUGAAUGAUUGGUGACAAUAAUUAUUACAUACAGGCCUAAUCACAAUAACUAUUACAAAUAGGCCUACACAUAAUCACACCAACAAUGAAGCAUGUGCAACAUUUUAAUUCACCCUUGUUUUAUGAAAAUGUUUGUGUCAAGUUAUUUCUAAAUUAAGAUGACAUCUCCCCAAAGGAUUUCACUUUAAUCCUUUAACCAGCCAUCUACUCUUUUACACAGGCAUAAUUGCAGGAGUCUUAAAGGGGCAAUCUGCAGUAGCUACAUCCAUUUUGGACAAAUAAAUUAAUGAUAUGUACCUAUUGAUUCUUGGAGAAUAGAACUUAUAAAUGCCUCAUGAGCUUAGUUCAACUGUCAUAUCCCAUCAGAAACCAAAAUAUCAGCUUUGUUUUACUCCAAUGUUUGCAAACAAAGUAAAUCUAAACAAACACUGUAUCGCCUCAAAAAAUGAUUAAAACUAUCAUUUUGAUAUCAUGGAUGGUCAGUCUUUGCAUCCAUAGCUCUGUCUAUGAAUUUGAGAGUGGUUCCAUUUUAGUGAAACAGUGGCAGGGAGUAGCUUUGUUAUUGUUUUAACUGCUGAUUGCUUGUGGAGUUCGAAGACUUGUGGAGUUCAAUCUGCCUUUUGUUCCCCUGUAACAAAGGGAGAAAGAACCGUGGCUGCCAGGGACACAUGUUGGAGAUGCUGUGUGUCUGUGUGUGUUACGGGUAUGCAUGAGGCAGAGGGAGAAAAUAAAGACCUGGCUUCUGUUCCUGUGGUUGUGUGCUCACCAGCUGCUUGGUUUAAUACUUAACAAACAGUUGAAGUCUGAGAUGGGGCUGGGAGGGGUGGGGGGGUGGGGUCAGACAGGGUUGGGUGUCUGUGCGUGUGUGUUCUGUGAUGUAUAGCGCGGGGGGGUGCCCAAUCUGCCCAUUCAUUGUAAUCAACCCCCCACACCCCCAUCCCUCCCCCUCCUCCCUACAGCCAUCUGCUCAGCGGACUGCAGCGAGAGGCACGGCUACUGCGAGGCCCCUGGGGACUGCAAGUGCAGGAUGGGCUGGCAGGGGCCCUCGUGCAAUGAGUGUGUGCGCUACCCGGGUUGUCUCCAUGGCACCUGCGGCCAGCCAUGGCAGUGCGAAUGCAAGGAGGGCUGGGGUGGCCUCUUCUGUGACCAGGACCUCAACUACUGCACCAACCACCGGCCAUGUGCCAACGAUGCCACCUGCACCAACACAGGCCAGGGCAGCUACACCUGCACCUGCCGCCCGGGCUACAGUGGCACCAACUGUGAGCUGGAGACCAACGAGUGUGACAGCAACCCCUGCAAGAACGGAGGCAGCUGCAAUGUGAGUAAUAUUACUGCUUGCAGGAAAUAGGGGUUGUUCAAUAUUGGCUUGUCAUUUAUUUACAUGUUUAAUUGUGUGUUAAACAAACUUUAUUUUAUUUUAAUUAACUUGGAAUGCCAUGUUUAUAAUUUUUUAUUCCAACUUAAUUGUCCAUUUGAGGGUAAAAUGGAAAUGUAUCCUUGACACAAACGCAGUGUAACAUAACACAUUACAGUUAUAAACAUGUUAAAAUAAGACACAAUGUCAGAAACAUGAUCAGUAAUCAUGGAUCAUCUAUGGAUUGUAAAAAGCUAAAGCCCAGUCUAGUUGUCUCUCUAACAACAAUACUUGAAAAUACUCUCUCUCUUAAGGACCUGGAGAACGACUACUCGUGCACCUGCCCCCAGGGCUUCUAUGGGAAGAACUGUGAGAUCAUCGCCAUGACGUGUGCCGAUGGGCCUUGCUUCAAUGGGGGCACCUGCAUGGAGACACUAACGGGGGGCUACACCUGCCGUUGCCCUCCCACGUACACCGGCUCCAACUGUGAGAAGAAACUGGACCGCUGCAGCAACAGCCCAUGUCUGAAUGGUGAGUCUGACUGUAGUGUAUCAAGUUCAAGUAGUUUAUUUGACAUUUGCAGGUAUUAAAGUGCAACUGAAGGCAAUAAACAACUUAUCUGAUAGAAAACAGCCAAUGUUUCAUCGAUGUUAUUCAGAAACAUUUAUUAUAGUGUCAAAAUUGACUACAAAGUGUAAAUAGGAUAGUUUUGUUCAUAAAGUCAGUCUCGUCCAAAACAGAGUUUUGCAAGUGAGUUCGUCAUGACUCACUUGAGGGUUGGGUUUUGAUUUCGACAAUGCUCUCUUGACCACUAACAAAGGAUACACAGCUGCGGUGAUUGCUCUCUAUCCAAUUCUACAGCAGAACACACAGACGGUGAGACAGACCUGCCCAUCAAUGCAGCGGAUCUGACUUUGUUUACAUAAAACAACACGUCACACAUUUUUUUACUUGAGUAAUACUGCACCAAACACCUUAGCUAGUUGUAAAAUUGCAUGACUAAAACCUCCUCUGCAAAAAUGUCAAAAUUAAUGACAGAUUCCUUGAGUUAUCGUAGAUUCAUUCUGACUAUUUUGAGGAAGUAAUACUGGCUUUGUUCCUAUGAUGUCUAAUGGAGGACAAAUAUCAGUAACUGCCACAUUGAACCACACCCCCAAGACUGAAAUCUAGUUUUUCUUAAUGAACAACAGAGAAACACAAGCAGAAUCACUCUUUAAAAGUAUUUGUUGGAGCUCUCUGAUAUAGUACAGUACAUACACAUAUACAGUAAAAAGAUAAUAAAUAGAAAAGCAAUUAAAUGUGGUAAGAUCAUAAAUAGUUCAGUCAUAUGUGCUCAUGUGCUCAUGUGCCAAAAGUAGGAUAAAAACAGCAGGCAGGUUGCUUGUUUUAACAGGCGGAUUGCACCGGGAUAAAAUCUAUUCUUGAACCUGGUAGUGGAGGUCUUGAUGGUAGUGGAGGUCUUGAUGCUCCUCUAUCUCCGCCUAGAUGGUAGCUGGGAGAACAGUGCACUGGCUGGGGUACUGUACUGUCUUUUGGCCUCUAGUGAGGGAUCUGUCCGCAUAGAUGGCCUCGAUGGAGGGGAGGGUAGUGCCAAUGAUUCUCUCUGCAUUGAGCACUACCCACUGAAGCCUUUUGUGGUCUUGUGUGUUGGUUUUACCAUACAUUUACAUUUUUAGUCAUUUGGCAGACACUCUUAUCCAGAGCGACUUACAGUUAGUACCACACAAUGAUGGAUCCAGCCAGGAUGCUCUCCACUGUGACUCAGUAGAAGUUGACUAGAGUGCCUGUGCUCAUGCCAAACUUCCUCAGUUGCCUCAGGAAAUAGAGGCAUUUGUGUUGGCUGACCAUGUCAGAUCGGACGAGAUGGUUAUGCCCAGGAACUUAAAACAGUCCACCAGCUCCCCCAAAAAAGGUGGAAGCAGGUGAAAGUGGAUGGAGAGCAGCUUGUCUUGGUUCUGGUGACAUCUAGUGGUUCAAGUAUGCACCUGCACCUGCUGGAAGUACUGCACUUGGCUGGUUGAACAAUGAAUGAAUACAUGUUUUCAAAGUAUAUCAAUGCACACAACCUAAGCACAUCUUCCUGGAGAAAAAGUCAAUAAAAUGUUAAUCUCGGAAACCCAGGAUUAAAAUCUUGCGUAAUUGCGUCAGAUGCUUGAUUAAAUUCUGGGGGGAGAUCUCCCGAGUGGCGCAGUGGUCUAAGGCACUGCAUCGCAGACACUGCGACCGGGAGACCCAUGGGGCGGCGCACAAUUGGCCCAGCGUCGUCCAGGGUAGGGGAGGGAAUGGCCGGCAGGGGAUGUUGGUAGAGCAUGGCGUUUGCAACGCCAGGGUUGUGGGUUCGAUUCCCACGGGGGGGGGCCAGUAUGAAAAAAUAAAAAAAUAUAAUGUAUGCACUCACUAACUGUAAGUCGCUCUGGAUAAGAGUGUCUGCUAAAUGACUAAAAUGUAAAUGUGUUAAAAAGAUACUAGAGCGAGGAGCGCUAGCUCCACUCCCUCUCUCUGCUUGUUUGGGGCAAGUCUAUGGGCCAAAUGUCCCCUCCCCUUCUGAAAUUCAGAAGUUGCGGGCACCUGCAAAAUCGUGAUUUGUCCAAAUGAUUAGUGAUGAAAAAUCUGUGCACCGGAACAAAAGUUCCUUGUUAGUCAUCGCAUCCCACAGUCUGUUAACAGAAUCAUGUUAUUUUGAUAAAGACAGAAGUCAUGACUUAAGAAGUGGCAACAGUGUGAUAUCCCAUGUACCCCAUCUUGUACUACUUCAGAAUGUGGUAGGCUGCAGUGUACUAAGUGGAGCCGUGUCAUAUGUUGUCUUCUAGGUGGUGAGUGUCUAGACCUGGGUCAAAGCGUGCUAUGCCGCUGCCGCUCCGGGUUCACCGGGGCCAACUGCCAGGUCAAUAUCGACGACUGUGCCUCAGUACCGUGCCAGAAUGCUGGAACCUGCCAGGACAGCGUGGACGACUACACCUGCUCGUGCACGCUGGGCUACGCUGGCAAGAACUGCAGCGUGCGUUCGGACGCCUGUGGCCGCAGCACCAGCGCCCAGCCCUGCCAGAACGGCGGCACCUGCUUCACCCACUUCACGGGGCCUGUGUGCCAGUGUCCGACGGGUUUCAUGGGACCUAGCUGUGCGUUCACGCUGCAGCUCAGCUUCCAGCCCGCCCCCCAACUGACAAAUAAGCCUUCCUCCGCCGCCCUCACUGCCUCUUGCGUCCUGGCGUUACUCGCCCUUGGCCUAGCGGCGGGCAUCGUGGUGCUGCGGCGGCACCGGCUGCGUAGUAGGAAGCAACUGAGCGACACGGCGGUGUUCAAUGACCUGGAGACGGUGAUCAACCACUUCCCCAGCGAGAGAGAGGCUUUCCUGGGGCCCAGCGGCCUGUUCAAGAUCAGCAACAGCGACCCGCGCCUCAGCCUGGCAUCGCUCGCAUCGCUGAGCCCCCCAGAUGACAGGACAGGCCGGGUACUUGGGGGGGAGCACCAUUCUCUCUCCCCUGGACAGGACUACCUCUGGAGGGGGGAGAGUGGGGCUGGGCUAAGAUGA